AUGCCUUUCAGGAUGCUAGUGGCACCGCUGCCACUGCAUUUCCUGUUGGCAGCAGUGAGCAGUGGAAACAGAAGCGCAGCAGGCGGUGGCCCGGGCACAAACAGCUCCCGCGCCACUCCCCGGAGCCUUCCCAGGCCUCGCGCGUCCCGCUGUCCACAGCGGCAGAGGCCACCGCGGGGACAGGCGGCACCUUCGCCCGGACCGCACUCCCCGCGGGGGCCGGCGGACCGCGAUGCCGGGGGGGUCCUGGGCGCCUGGCUGCUGGGCGGCGUCUGGGCGUGGGCGGCGGGCUCUCCGGGGGCACCGCGCCCGUGCCAGGCCCCGCAGCAGUGGGAAGGGCGCCGGGUCCUGUACCGGCAGAGCAGCGGGCGCUACAGCCGCGCCCUGCUCUCCUACGACGGGCUCCACCAGCGCCUGCGGGUGCUGGACGAGAGGAAGGCGCUGAUCCCCUGCAAGAGAUUAUUUGAAUAUAUUUUGCUGUAUAAGGAUGGAGUAAUGUUUCAGAUUGAACAAGCCACCAAGCAGUGCUCAAAGAUCGCCCUGAAGGACCCCUGGGAUCCUCUUGACAUUCCUCAGAACUCCACCUUUGAAGAUCAGUACUCCAUCGGGGGUCCCCAGGAGAAGGUCACUGUCCAGGAGUGGUCUGACAGAAAGUCAGCUAGAGCCUAUGAAACAUGGAUUGGCAUUUAUACAGUCAAGGAUUGUUAUCCUGUCCAGGAAACCUUCACCAAAAACUACAGUGUGAUUCUGUCAAUGCGUUUUUUUGAUGUGCAGCUGGGUAUUAAAGACCCCUCCGUGUUCAGUCCUCCAAGCACGUGCCAAACAGCCCAGCCAGAGGAGAUGACUGAGCACUGCUCCGAGUGAGCCUUGUGCAGAAGCCACAGCACCCGCCAUCCGCUGCAGGGGCCCAGCUGGCACGGAUUUGAGACUGGUCGGGGUGAGAAUCUUCAUUGGAGAGAAAUGUAAUUUCAGGAAGAUAAACAUUGCUGUGGGUUGUUUUGUAUGUUGAUUUUGACUAACGCUGUGUUUACAGAAGAAAAUUGGACAGAGAGUAUGUGCUAAUAUGAGCCAACUGGAUGGCUACUAUGGACACUUAGGAUACUUCUAAGCCUGUUUGGGUGUGUGUUUUCUGCGUGAGCAGCUGCAUGCUCAGUGCCAUGGCAUACAGAGGCAGGGGUCAGGAGGAGCAGUUGGCCUUAGCAGGGAGGAGUAUUUUAUUAGACGUUGUUAAGAAUUGACGGUGAUAAUAACAAGAAGAGUGAUUUGGGUCAGUUUCAUUAUUAAUGUUUAAGUUCCCUGCAGAGAAUGCCCCUUUGUUGCCCAGGGUGCCAGACUGCUCCCACUGACCCCUGCCCCAAGCUCCCUUGGCCACUGGUGAAAUGAUCUCUCAAAAUUCCUUCCAGACUUUAGGGCUUUAUGGCAUGACCCAAAUGAUAUAAAUAUUGUGGAAGGAAAUGAAAGGCUAUAAUAUGAAGUAAUUAUUCCUUAAAAGGGACAUUUUAAGCAAGAGAGUUUGGAAAAUCCUAAUGUCUGCACCUGGUUAAGAGUGAGAAAUGUGCUUCCUUUUUUCUAUGCAAGAGUAUCAUGUAUGUGCUGAGUCCUCACAUGCUUGUCAAUAGGCAGGUAGUGCUCCAAUCUAGCACUGAACUGGGAGCCGGGGGACUAUUGCCCUAAGUCCAGGACCAGAGUUCCCUUGUACUCCAACUCCUCUGGUUAUUAAAUGCACUAUGAUUGCCCUUGGCCUUCCCAGGACACUGGCUCACAGCCUCUGUGUCUCGCUGACUUUCCCUCAUCCUUCCCAGGUCAGCACACACACGACCUUCUCUAAGUGGCUCCCAAGACUGUGUUAGUUGCACCUUGCAGCUUGAGCAUGGUUUUCUCACAGUGCUUACUACACUGUGUGAUAAUUUCUUGCUUCCCGGAUCAUCUGCUGUCUUGGCAAUGAGCUCUUGAGUACGGGUACCGUGUUCUGUCUACUUUCAUAUCCCCAGCACCAAGCAAGUGCCUGGCACAUGGUCAGUGCCCUAAACAUUUGUAGAGUGAGGAAUGCUAGGCUGUCUGGUCCUUAGUUUCCUCAUCUGUUAAGUGGGGUUAGUUUUGUCGCUUGCUGGGGAGACCUCCCAUAAUAUUUAUUAUUCUAGAUUCUUCUACUAUCGUGCUUCAUCUGAUAUCUAUCUCCUUUAGUUAAUGAGAGAAAUGUGUGACACCUAUAUUAUAUACUGAAAAUAGUCUAGAUUACUCACAGUUUAUAUUAUUUCAAUAAACAAAUUUAAUUGCAUUUCAAAGAGUUCUUUGAUAUAUUUGCUUUGGUAAUAAAUAUGGAUGACCUUGGUUAUAAGGGAGUUCAAACUCUUCUGUAAUAAAUAAAUUGCUUCAUGUGACCAGCA